AUGUCAACCUCAAACACUCCCGCAUCGGCUUCACAUUCCGCCUCGCCCGCUCCUGAUCAGGCUGGGAGGCGUCAUGUACUCACCGCCGUCGAGCGCCAGCGCUCGCAACUUGAUCGACUCCUCAAGGAUCCCUCGAAGCCUGCCUAUGUACCUCCUGCACCGAAGGAGAAGACUAUUCGCCCGGCUCGCGAAAUGAUGAAGAAUGUCCAGGGAUCAAGUGCUGGCGCUGGAAGUGGCGAGUUUCAUGUAUACAAGGCCAGUAGACGCAGAGAAUAUGAGCGGCUGAAGAUGAUGGAGGAUGAAGCGAGAAUAGAAUCUGAAACGGCAGAGUUUGAGAAAAAGCGGAAAGAAGCGGAUGAUGUGGCUGAAGCCAAGACGGCUAAAAACCGAGCGAAACGCCAAAAGAAGAAGGAAAGAGCAAAAGUAAAACCAUCAGAGAAAGGCGAGGGUAAGGAUGGCGCACAAGAAGCUCCAUUAAAGAAAAGACGAUUGGUAAAUGGAAAGGAGCUCGUGUUUAGGAAACCUGGGGAGGAGAGCGACGAGGAAGAGGUGGACGCCCCCGCAGAUCAUGACAAAGUUGGUUUACAAGAUGUCCUCGAGGCGGAGCAGGUCCCACCCGAGGAAGCACCCCGAGUUGCACAGGAGCAACGGAUAAUCUUUCACGAGGAUGACUAG